CGACGGAGUGGCUUUUGCUUAGCGUCUUGAAGGGGUAAUUUAGCCGGCUCCGACUUCGGGAACCGCCAGUUACUGACCUGUUCCUUCAUUCAUACAUUCAUUCAGUCACUCGGCUUCUCAUUCAGUAGCACACGUUGAGGGAUUACAACAAUGAUCCCACGUUGAGCGUUCAUUUUAAGAGCUGUUUAUAGAUUACCUCGUUGAACCCUUGACAGCAAUCCCAUGACACAGGGACUAACAGCGCCAGUCUGACGGUUGAAAAACAGGCCAGUGGGUUUAUGUAACGAAGCCAACGUUAUUUAGCAAGUAGUGAGUCUAAGCACCGGAUUUAAGGGGUCACUACGAACUGGUAGAUAACAAAGAUGAGGAAGACGUAACCUAGUCUCUGCCCUUCAAACACCCAAGGUUUAUUUUGAGUAAAGACUGCUAAAAAGGGGAAAAAAAAAUCCUCUAAGCUGGUGAUUUCACGUUCUUUGACAAACUUCAAUAUCAACAGGCAACGAUACCACUUUAAGAAAAUUCCAAGGAAAAGACCUCAUUUUAAAAUUCCCACCUCUGGCUCCCAAAGAUUGGUUUGCAAACUUCGACAAAAUACUCUUCUCCACUCGCUAUUGAUGGAGUCUCGCUCUGUCACCCAGGCUGGAGUAUAGUGGUGUGAUCUUGGCUCACUGCAACCUCUGCCUCCCAGGUUCAAGCGAUUCUCGUGCCUCAGCCUCUCGAGUAGCUGGAAUUACAGGUCUGGCAGAAGGAACAGUAUCAACUGACCGAGUAGGUCUCACUGGCAGUUGUGAUUCAGAGACCUAGAAAGCUGAACCCACGCCUGGCAAGAAGAGGAUGGUUUGUGGGACCUGGGCUGAUGUCUGAUGAAAUUUUAAGCCCCAGCUAUAGCUACUACAAAGAAAAGUGGCUGAUGAUAAGCAUGUAACUCAAAAAGACAAUGUAUAUAAAAAUAUGCAAGAAUCACAGGAAACCCACAUAUCCAACCACCUAGAUGAAGUUGUUGCUGCUGUUAGCAUCACUCAUAGAAAGAAGUUCCAAAACAAGCUGCUUCAGACAGCACUAUUCCAGCCUCCUCGAGAGAAACUCCACCUCUGUGAAGAGAAAGCAAAGUCCUAUUCCAACAGUCAUGAGUACAAACAGGCCGUCCACGAGCUUGUGCGUUGUGUAGCACUGGCAAGAAUUUGCUAUGGAGACUCACAUUGGAAACUAGCAGAGGCACAUGUUAAUCUGGCUCAAGGCUACCUCCAGCUGAAAGGACUGUCACUGCAAGCGAAACAGCAUGCAGAAAAAGCCAGACAAAUCCUCGCCAACUCCAUUGUGCCUCCCUAUAGUGAGAAUACAGAUGUUUUCAAGUUUUCCAUUGAGCUUUUCCAUACCAUGGGCAGAGCUUUACUCUCCCUUCAAAAAUUUAAGGAAGCUGCAGAGAAUUUGACAAAAGCAGAGAGACUUUCAAAGGAGCUGCUACAAUGUGGAAGGAUUAUAAAGGAAGAAUGGAUAGAAAUUGAAGCACGGAUCAGAUUAUCAUUUGCACAGGUGUAUCAAGGUCAGAAGAAAUCAAAAGAAGCUUUGUCCCACUAUCAAGCAGCUUUGGAAUAUGUUGAGAUCAGUAAAGGUGAAACAAGUCAUGAGUGUGUACCCAUAUUGAGAGAAUUAGCAGGUGCAGAGCAAGCCCUGGGACUCCACGAUGUAUCCAUCAACCACUUCCUCCAGGCACAUCUCAUCAUCCUGAGUAGAAGCCCCUCUCAAGUGGAGGCAGCAGACUCGGCACACGUCGUCGCCCACGCUGCUGUCGCUUCAGGGAGACACGAGCACCAUGAUGUAGCUGAGCAGUAUUUUCAAGAGAGCAUGGCUCAUCUUAAGGAUUCCAAAGGGAUGGGAAGAACCAAAUUUCUUUCAAUUCAAGAUGAAUUUUGCCAUUUUCUACAAAUGACUGGACAAAAAGAGAGAGCAACCUCGAUCCUGAGAGAGUCCCUGGAAGCCAAAGUGGAAGCAUUUGGCGAUUUCAGUCCCGAGGUGGCAGAGACAUACUGGCUCCUGGGAGGAGCAGACCUGGCGCAGGGGAACCACAGUGGGGCCCACAAGAAACUGAAGAAGGCUAUAGCAAGAGCCACAUUUAAAAAUAGAAACUGGAGCCCAUCCUCUGAUCCUUCAGAACAUCCAAACCAAAGGUCAGUCACUAAGAGACACCCCAGGAGCGUGCUAAUUCCAUCACAGCAGGGCCUAAGAAUGAGGUCAUCUUUCUCUCAUUCAAGGGAGACCUUAGUUUCUUGCUCUCAGCGACAUUUCCAUAGCCUCAUGAUAGCUGCUUGGUGUUCUACAGUGUCUCCAGAUCCAGACCCUCUUAUAUGGACCGCAGGACAAAAGGACUCUGGCCACCCAGCAGGCCAUGGGCAUGCUGUCCACGGCCCCCAAGGUUGCUUCGAAGCCAAGGCAGGCAUCGAAAGCCAAAGUGGCCUUCUGCACCAGCAUCCCUCAGGACACCCUGCUGGGGAAGGCCCGGCCCGGCACAACAGCAGACUGAGGCCCCCACCCUGAAAAAGCCUAGGACAUUCCUGGGCCCUGUCAUUUAGGGUGCUGUACAAAUCAUCUCCACCUAGAAAAUGGAAUUCAACAGUCAGGAUACAGAUUUCCAAGGCCAACUGUUGGCCCCAACGUGCAACAGUGAGACCGUAAGCCUCCCAUGGGCCACAUUUUGACAGUGGAUGCCCUUCAGGGUGAUAUAUGCUAUAAAGCAGUUUUCUAUCACCUAAGUGGUUUUUCUUGCCAACAAGAAUUUUUACCCAUCAGCACUACUGUGGCUGAAAAACUUCUCUUCAACAGUUCAGUGCGCCCUGUGCAGGAGUCAGCCCGGCAUCUGCUUGUACACACAGCUCCUUGCAUAGGUGUGGAGUUAGAUCUGGAACAGUGAACUUCAGGAAGGAAGUCCUUUCUUAUAGGAGGCUAACAGGGAUUGAGAAUAACAUGAGAAGAAAACGCUAAUAAAGGGAAACCUGAACGUGCUGCUGUCAGCAUGUGUUUUCAGAGUGCAGCCUGCCUCAGAGUUCUUCGGAGCCUGAAAAGGGGUUUGGGAAAGAGCCCAGUAGGAGGGGCAGGAGGCCAACAUACCUGACUUGGCCUGGGGCCCAGGAGGCAGGUGUAAGGGAGUGAAAAGAAAGGCUAGCAGGAGGCUGCGGGGGGAAGACCGCAGACUCCCUGCUGCUUCGCAUCCCUCCUGUGGCCUCCACUGCAGGCAGGACAAACCUGGAUGCCACCUGGAGCUGCUUCCUGAGUUGGCACACUAUCGUGUACACAGCAGUCUUCAGCCCCCUGGAAGGAGGCUAUAGUCGUGUGAGGAUGGCAAAGUCGAACAGGAAGCUUUGAGUGCCUUCCUCCACGAUGUCAACGAGGAGAUCCAGUGCCAGAUCGAGGUGGAUGGAACACCCAGGGGUAGGGGUGCAGGUGUGGGCAGUGAUGUCCCUUCCCCUCCCUCCUCUGGUCCCACAGACUGUGGCCAUGAGGCUGCAGGCUGGUGCUAUGACAGGAGACUGCAGCACAGGGCCCUCCCCUCUAGCCCCCCGUGGGACAUCCAAACCCCCCUGGGGCCAUUUGUGCAGGGCACCACCUCCAGUAUUGAUGGGGAAAAUAAACUCAGUAGAGCCACGACAGGGUGGAGAGAAGCAGGGACCAUUGUCUUCCUCAGGAGCAUGACAGCUGACCCCACAGACCAUGCUUGCUGGUGCACACUGGUCCCAGACCCAGGCCUGUCGGACAUCAGCAGUGUGCUAAAAAGGUGUAAGAUGUGGUCAUUACUCACCGUGUGUCCUAUCUAGUUGACAUGGGUGGAGUCAGCUAAGGUGUGAAUGUUCAUAUGCUCCCAAUUCACGUUGAAGCCCUCAUCCCCAAAGGGAUGGUAUUAGGGGGUGGGGCCUUGGAGAGGUGAUUAGGUUAUGAGGGUGGAGCCCUGAUGAAUGGGAUUAGUGCUUUAUAAGGAGAGACACCAGAGAGAUGAUCUCUCUCUCCACCAUGUGAGGACACAGUGAGAAGACAGCCGUCUGCAGGCCAGGAAGAGAGCCCUCACCAGGAAGUGAAACUGUUGGCACCUUGAGACUUCCCAGCUUCCAGAACUGUUAAGAAAUAAAUGUUUGCUGUUUAAGCCUUUCAGGCUAUGGCUUUCUGUUACAGCAGCCUGAACUGAGAGUCCAUGCCGAGUUUUUGAAAUAAAUGUGAAUUCUGAUGUUA